GAAUGGUUCUACUGGACGUGUUUCGAGCAGAUACAAGCGUUUCACCCUUCCAUCCCUGUGUGUUGAUAAAAUUAUUGAUUUCAGCCGUGCAGACCCUCUCCUGGAACUUGCGCGAUCACGAAUCGACAACAUCAAGGAGCUUUAUCUCGAAGAAGUGAAGUCUGGUGAACAGACGUUUUUCCAAUUCGCGAAUGGAGUUAACCCCUUGGUCGACGGCUCGUGGACAUUAGUUCCUGUACGUCGAGUUCUGGACGCUGUACAUAAGCGAGAGGGCGAAGUUUGUGCAGAUGAUACAGAUAUUGUUCGCCUUGCCCUAUUAUGGACCCUUCUAUUGCAUGACGAAAGGCUAACAGCUUUUCUGGCGUUUGCAGAGCCUAAUGACGUUUACGUUCGUUUAGCGGAAGUUUUAUUGAUCGGUCCGGAAGUAUUGGCCGAUGAUGUGAUCGCGUCGUGCUAUUCGCGUAUUCUAAGUGGUUAUGUUCAAAAGGCGGCGAUCGAAGGUCGUCUUUGCCUUCGGAUGGAUAGUCGUGUCGCUGGUCUGGAUGCGUUCAUGCCUUUCUUUGAAGAUCUGUUGGUGCACUAUGAACAGUACUCUUUGGGCGAUGUCAACUUCGCAAAAACGCUGCUAAUUGGAUCAUAUCUGAACUCAGCUAUCGGGGACAGAGGAACCACAGUGAUGGCAAAUGACGAAUUGCGGAAUGGGCGAAUGCGGCAAGUGUGGUUAUAUGUCCAGGAGCAAAUAAUGUCGCAAAUCCGCAGCCUUUCGAAAGAACAAGCUUCUUUAUUAGAAGAGCAGCAUUAUGUUCAGUACACUACCUUACUGGGAGAGUACACUGCUGCUGUACGAGAUGAGAAGGUAACUCGGGAUAGAAAUCCAGUAAUGUUUGCUAUAGCAGCUGAAGAGUUGGGUAAUUUCAUCCAAAGGCACACGGUUCAGGAAGCCGACAUGGAUACCGAAAGAGUGAAAGAGUUCGAUGCGCUGGUGGACAUUAUACGUGGCAGUCUUCAAGGAAAACUCAACGUAUGA